GUCUCUGCUUUUCCUUGCCUGUGGCAACUGACAGCACCUCCCAGCCUCACAGGCCGGCUGCCUGCUCACUCAGAGUCGGUCGUCUGGGCACUGCAGCAGGCUCGGCUCUGUCCCAGCUCUUGUCUGGGGGAAAAGUGGUGUCCUCACCCAGAGAGAAUCUCUCUUUUUACCUUCCUCCUUUUUUGAUCUCUCUGUGCUUUCGUGUUUCUUUCUUUCUUUUUCUUUUCUUUUUUUUUUCUUUUUUGUUUAAUUAAUUGUAUUUUUAAUCCUGGAUGAAGUUGCUGGAUUCUGCAGCACAAGUCUUCAUGAACAAGCAGCACCGCUCAGAGAUUUCACGGCAUUCAAAGGUCACAGAACUGCCACUAUGGUUAAAUGUCUUGUUUAAUGGUUGAGAGGUGUGGCGAAAUCUUGUUUGAGAACCCUGAUCAGAAUGCCAAAUGUGUUUGCAUGCUAGUUGUAUUCUCCCUGGGGCAUCGCUGUUGCUGUUUCCUCAUAAGUUGCUGCAGUUACAGCUCCUGGUGAGGUCAAACAGUCCCAGCUGGAAAGCCUUGCGGACCAAGAACAAACGUUCCUCUGUGUGAACUUCUGUUACUCUACCUGAGCUUAAAAGUCAAAGACGAAUAUACUGAUCACCUGAUCAUCUUGAGAGGGUCGUGAGAUUUCCAAGCAUUAACAGACACUGUGAAGGCUGCAAUGGUCAGCUCUGGGCCAGUCAUGCAGUUAGCCUGGACCACAAUAAAGAUAAAUGGGAGAUGUACGACUAAGGGGUCAGACAGGGGUUCCUGCUGAACGCCGCGGCUCCUACCCAUUCAUUGACUUCCGCCUCCUUAACAAUACAACACACUCAGGGGAAAUUGGCACCAAGAAAAAGGUGAAAAGACUGUUAAGUUUCCAAAGAUACUUCUAUGCAUCGAGGCUGCUCCGUGGCAUUAUACCACAAGCCCCUCUCCACCUGCUGGAUGAAGACUACCUUGGACAAGCCAGGCAUAUGCUCUCCAAAGUGGGAAUGUGGGACUUUGACAUUUUCUUGUUUGAUCGUUUGACAAAUGGAAACAGCCUGGUAACACUGCUGUGCCACCUCUUCAACACCCAUGGACUCAUUCACCAUUUCAAGUUGGAUAUGGUGACCUUGCACAGGUUUUUAGUCAUGGUUCAAGAAGAUUACCAUGGCCAAAACCCGUAUCACAAUGCUGUUCACGCCGCUGAUGUCACCCAGGCCAUGCAUUGUUACCUGAAGGAGCCAAAGCUGGCCAGCUUCCUCACACCUCUGGACAUCAUGCUUGGACUACUGGCGGCGGCAGCACAUGACGUUGACCACCCAGGGGUGAAUCAGCCAUUUCUGAUCAAAACAAACCACCACCUUGCCAACCUGUAUCAGAAUAUGUCUGUGCUGGAGAAUCACCACUGGCGAUCUACAAUUGGCAUGCUUCGAGAAUCAAGGCUUCUGGCUCACUUGCCAAAGGAAAUGACACAGGAUAUUGAACAGCAGCUGGGCUCCCUGAUCUUGGCAACAGACAUCAACAGGCAAAAUGAAUUUCUGACCCGAUUGAAAGCUCACCUCCACAACAAGGACUUAAGACUAGAAGAUGCCCAGGACAGACACUUUAUGCUUCAGAUCGCCUUGAAGUGUGCUGACAUUUGCAAUCCUUGUAGAAUCUGGGAGAUGAGCAAGCAAUGGAGUGAAAGGGUCUGUGAAGAAUUCUACAGGCAAGGUGACCUUGAACAAAAAUUUGAACUGGAAAUCAGUCCUCUUUGUAAUCAACAGAAAGAUUCAAUCCCUAGUAUACAAAUUGGUUUCAUGACCUACAUCGUGGAGCCGCUCUUCCGCGAGUGGGCCCGCUUCACCGGAAACAGCUCCCUGUCCGAGAACAUGCUAAGCCAUCUCGCCCGCAACAAAGCCCAGUGGAAGAGCCUGCUGUCCAAGCAGCACAGGCGCAAGGGCAGCGUCACCGGCGCGGACCACGACGGCCCGGGGGCGGAGCGCGAGGAGCAGACUGUGGCCGAGGGCGGCGACGCGCCCUAGCGCCCGGUGCGCGGCACUGGAUCUCCGCCCGCGAGCGAGGCCUCCGGGAGGCGCCGGCCCUGGGGGGCUCUUGCCAGCAGCCCAGCGCCCCUGGGUUUUGUCCAGGGCUCUUUCGAACGUCGCCCACCUCCCAGUCUCCCGCCUCCCCUCCUUUUCCCAAGUGUACAGAAGCCAUUCGUCACCUCAGCAUUUGCUGCCGAAACGAGCAACUCCAUUCACUCACGCGGGACCUGAUUCCAGGCAGGCUGCCCCCGCCCCCGAGGAGAAGACAGGAGUGAGAAAGAGGUGCUUCUGCCGUGUCCCCUCUGGCCCUGGGUCGCACCGCGACGGGCAGCGGCCCCUAGGUCCGGAGCGUUUUGGGGUUUGAAAUCCGACUGCUGAUCCGCAGGACAAAAACACCAGCAUCUUUGGGACUUCGAGGAUAUCGGUCUUAAGUGCAAGAGCACAAACGAGAGCGUGAAAGUACCUUCUAUUUUAAUAAUAAUUAUUAUUAUGAGAAUAAUAAUAAAUCUUUUUAACUUUUAUAUUUUAUGCACUAGACAAUGGAUCUAAAACUUUGGACUAAGAUUAUUCAGUGUACCCAAACUUGAACAGGGGGUUCAUUGUUUUGCUAUUGACUUUAUGCCACUUUGGGUCAGCGAUCUGGCAUCUUCUCGAUUUAAGAACCACGUUUCCUUCCGAUCGGGGGAAGGUGCUGUACAGUUCAUUCCUUUGCACCAUCAGCCAAUCUGUCUUUUACGGAUUCAGCGACCUGUGUAUAUUCACACAUGUACAUUUUCUGUAAAUACCAAGCGCUACUGAUUCCCAUGCCAAAAUACAUGAGUAUUAUGGGAUUGCUACCUGUAUAAACAAUGGCACUGUGAACAGAAUACUGUUAGUUUUAAUACAAGAGAAUGCAUUUGUAAAUACGGUAUAGAGUUUAUUAAUAUACUAUUGUUUGCAGAUAAAGGCCUUAACUUUAAACAUCUUUCAUCUUCUGAAAACUGCCCAACUUAAAUCCUUACAGACGUCUUUCUGAACUGCCUGCCCAAGUCCAUCACUGACCCUUUCCGUCACAAACCAAAACCGAAAACAGCACGGGGGAAACGUUUUCAUGGGAACUUCACGUGCAUUCCGCUUGAGACCGUAGUGUUUAAUCUGCGGCACCAAGCAUCAUUUCCUCAGAUUAAUGAGACCCUUCAGCAAGCCUGAAGCCACUUUUCAAUGCGGUGAUGUUGCACACUCUGUUUUAACAAGCCAGCUGAUAAGCUUGUGUUUAUGUGACUUGUUAUGGAACACGGUGGUGCAUCAGCCUCACAGGAGACAGCAGGUCUCGGAAACCUCCUAUGACCCUGUCAUCCAACCAUCAGGGAAAUCCCUGCUCCCAUCCCACAUAUUUGUCUGUUAUGGCUACAGUACCAAAGUAUCUUUGGUCUAUGGUGGGUGUGUGUUUCCUUGGUGUUAAUAGUAACUGGAUAUUUCUUUUCCCUUAAUUUCAUAUAAACAAAUACCCCACUGUUUAGCUGAAGUUAACAUUAUUUAAGUAAAGAAACUAUUCCAGUUUUAUGACAGAUUUUUACCUUCUUGGCAAGUUAUUGUGAUUAAUUAUGGCUGGAGCUAGUAGAAACACUUCGGAAUUUUAUUGCCCUUUUUCUCUGCAGACACUUGGCUGCAAAAUCCGAUUUAUGACAGCAUUUUUCCCUAAUCUGCUGUGCAUUGAAUCUUUUCUUUAGAAGUUCUAGCAUAAUUAAUGCUUGACGAAAAUUGUUGAUGCCCAUUUCUCUUUAUCUUAAACAGUGUGGUAGUGGCAGAAUAAUCAUUUCUACCAUAAUCAAGCUGUUUCUCAGCCUUGUAGAAAAACCGCCAGGUCUCAAUUCCUAAGUGCAAUGGGUUUGGUUUUUCUUUUUUCUCCUAACAUAAAAAUGAAAUGUUAGAAACUUGACUGGCCCGCAAUAAGUUUCUGUAGAGAGACUGAGGCUUGUAGAGGUAAGGUUUGGGGGAAACUUUUGAAAAGUUGGUUUUAUUUUCAUGAAAGCUGGUGAGAUUGUCAGGUGGUGCUACUGAAGGUGUGAAGAUCUUAUGUAAUGGAUGGGUGAUAAAUUGAAAUUACUGAUAUCGGUAAAAAGAAAAGCAGUUAACCUUAGAAAGCACCAACUUUUGCUUCUGUACUAUUAACUGACACACGUUUCACUUCAAUGUUAUCACUUAAAUGUUCUGAAACUCUCAGUUUGAUGAGGACCCAAAAGAGAAUCUGUUGGAUGGAUUCCUGCUUCCAAACCUUUCUUACUUGGCUAGAUGAUUCAGAGUGCUAUGGAGUAGUCUGGUUUUAAUAUAUAUGAGAUCAAAUCAGGCAAAGCAACUGCUGGGAACAGGAAAGUUGAGAUAAGAAAGAAGACAUUGUUUUAGCUAAUGGAACCUCUACCUUGAGUUUAUGAAGUGGAUUUUGUUUAAAUUAUAAUUAUAUCAUGACUUAAAUAAAGAUCAAAGGUGUUCUGACUAGCGUCAAGUUUAUAGGGCAAAAGUAUUCCUCUUACAAUUUAGUUUUCAAGAAGAGCUCACAGAUAAAACUAUCAAAACAUCCAAUAGUUAAUCCUAUGAGAUAUCAACUAGUACAAUAUAAAUCUGAAGUAAGAUGAGACAUGAUCCAAAACUAGGUGCAUUUGUCUCUGUCAUUCAACUGUCUGGAGACUUUUAAGGUCCUUUUUGUUGGCAAAAAAAAAAGAAAAAGAAUGUGAAAACUCUUUUCUUGUUGCCUACUAGAGGCUCUCUUGUAAUACUUCAACAGGAGUCCAAUUACAAGUUGAGAUACAACUAUUGGAUCAUCCAUGGAUUUUUAUCUUUACAAUCUUAUUCUGCUAGCCCAUGUAGCAUCAAUCAUUGACUUACCAAGUUUAAUUCUUUCAUUGCUUGAGAAGAAAGGACACAAAGGGCUAUUUUUAGUAAGCUAAAGGUAAAGUUAAGAUCAAAUUAAGAAAGUAAGUAUACAUCACUGCCAGGCCUCAGAAAAAGCAGCAACGAAAAAUCAGACCUGACUCAUGACCUGGCUUACCCAAUAGCUCCCUGCUAGGCUAAAUGAAAACUGGCUCUAUUUCUCCUACCUACGGCUUCCCACAAAGGGCCUUGGAGUGUGUCCGGCAACUCUGUCUUCAGGUAGUUCUUCCUAUAAAACAUGGACUUACUUUGUAAUCUUUUCUCAUGUUGAAUCAGAUAAUGCGCACUGGUUUGGAUUUGGCUAUGAGCUUGCGACCCACUGUAUUUCUCAUGCUUUGUUCCUUUAAGCAAACCCUUAAAAUUGUGUCGUUUUUGUGUACACAUGUAAGGUUUGGGAGAAAAAAAAUUGUGAAUUUUGCUCAAAAUGUGGCCUAAAUAUCCAUUGGCAUGUCUAGAUGAACAAUUAAAAAUAAAGAUAAUUUCUUAAAAAUA